UGCACCUGAAACUGUCAGCAGACAUGAAGUACCUCAUCUUUCUGGCCCUAGUGGUUCAGGCACUAUCCUUUCCACAAGGAAAACCUGGUAAUCAUGGUCCUGGUGGUCCAGUCGGUCCAAGUGGUCCUGGUGGUCCAGGCGGUCCAAGUGGUCCUGGUGGUCCAGGCAGUCCUCACGGUCCAAGUGGUCCUCCACCCUCACCACCCUCUGGCCUUGUUCAUCCAUUUGACAACCAAAAUGUAACAGGACUACCCCCACUUUCUAAACUUUCCGUUGGCACCAGACCACCUCCUCCAAAUAAUGGAAAUCAACCUCCAAGACACCGCAGAGAGAUUCAGAAAGUUUUGGGAUCAGCUCCACCCAAAACUGGAAUUCCUCCACCACGUCCAGAUGGUCAAAUAGCUAACAUUCCCCAACCAACUGGAGGAAAGCCAGGUGCUACAGGAAAUCCACCAGUUAAUGGUCCAUUGCAUAACAAACCAGAAAAGCCUCUACCGGGAAAACAAAGACCCAAAAGACAUCUUCCUGGUGUGAAAGAUGCUGGAAUUCAUCCUUCAAGGGCACCACAUAUAGAAGAUCAUACUCAUGAGAGUAAUGCAAGCCGCCAACCAAUACCAUCACACCAACCAUUUGGCACAAAGAGAUUUCCUGACCAAGGAAAUAACCAUGGAAAGAACCAUUCUUGGUAGAAACAAAGAUCAUGAAUGGAAACCAUCAUGGAAAUGGGGUUCUGCAGCUCCAGCAAUAACCCUAUUGUGAACUGAUAGAAGUAUGUAGUGUUGAAU